UUAGUUAAAAAAUCAACAAAAUCAAACAAACAUUAAAAAGUUACUCCAAAAUCCAACCAAAUAACCUCAUGAUUGUCCCAACGAUUGAAGCCUUGAAGCCACCUCCACCCCCUUUUCUUUCUCCUUCUAUUUUAAGCAACUUUCUUGUAUGAACAAUUUGAUUCCUACAAUAUUAUCCUACUAUAUAUAUAAUUUUAUGGUUUGUUUCUUUUAAUAUCAUAAUUAAAGUGUUUUGUGUUAUAAUUAACACUAUGGACAAUAGUAGUAAUGAUGAUUAUGCUUGUGACAUUAUCAAAAACUAUUGUUUGUUUAGUAGUGCUUCUUCCUCUCCUCCCUCAACACCCUCGGCGGUGGCCGCGGAUGCGUCGUUGGAAGCCGGGACCGGACUCUACCGUGCUCGUCUCAUCCUCGAAAACCAACUCUAUGAUGAGCUUCUUAACCGGUACCGGCUAGCCAUUACUCGCCUCCGUGAGCUCAGUAGGGAAGCCAUUGCCCUACAAGAGGAAAAUGAGUGGCUAAGGUUGACCAAUGGAGAUCUCACCCGCCGCCUUAAUGGUGUCUUGUCGGUUUCCGAGCAACCGUGUGUAGGUAAUGUGUUUGGUGCUAGUACUUAUAGUCCCACUAGUACUGUAAUUGACGACGACGAAGAGGAGGAUGAAAGGAUUACACUGCCAAAGAGUAUAUCAAUUAGAUCACCGGGCUUCUUCAAACUUGUCAACUCGCCUACUCAAAUCAAUCAUCAAUCUCCAAGUCCAACUCAACAUGUUAAUGGAACAGUGAGUAUUUGUAUUUCCUCUAAAUUAAGGGUGAAAAAUGAAGAGAAAGCAUUAGAGAUGGAUGUGUUCAAUCAAGGCAUGUACAAAACAGAGUUAUGUAACAAAUGGCAAGAAACAGGGACUUGCCCAUAUAGCCAACAAUGCCAAUUUGCACAUGGGGUUUCGGAACUCCGGCCUGUGAUCCGACACCCACGGUACAAGACUCAGGUGUGCCGUAUGGUCCUCUCCGGCGUCCCCUGCCCAUACGGACACCGCUGCCACUUCCGUCAUUCUCUCUCCUAGUGUCACAUAUUCAUAUCUAGAAGUACUACGUAUGUGUCAUUUGUUUAUAAUAAAAUUCUGAAAUUAUUAUUUUUGAUAUUAUCAAAUAAUCUUUGCCUUUAUUUUGGAAGUUAUAUUAUUACUUAUUAGGGGAGAAGUGUUAAAAAUGUAAUAAUGGUUAAUGUUAUACUUAUUUCAAUUCUAGUCCAUCAUCAUAGCAACGAUGUGGAUUUAUGUAUGUCGAUAAUUUUAUACAUGGUCAAAUAAUAUAUACUU